AUGCAAAAGACGGUCACCAGCGCGACACUACCUAUCAAUAUCCCCGUAAUUGACCAGCUCCGAAGCACCAAUAUCUGGUGCGGCGCCCAGGAUGCUUCCGACCACGAUAGCGGUGCGUUUACAGGCGAAGUAUCAGCGUCCGUUCUGGCGGAAUUAGGCUGCCGUCUGGUCGAAGUUGGUCAUGCCGAAAGACGGCAGUACUUCGGCGAGACGGACGAGGUCACCGCCAGGAAGGCAGCGGCGGUGGCAAGAAAUGGCAUGGUACCGCUCAUCUGUAUCGGGGAGAAGACGAGGGGCGAAACGUGGCACUCGGCGGCAGAGGAGUGUCAGCGUCAGGUGGAAUCGGUCCUGGCACUUGUCCCUAGUGACGCCGAGGUUUUGCUGGCGUAUGAGCCCGUUUGGGCGAUUGGAGCGGCGCAACCGGCGGCCGUGGACUACGUCGUAGAAGUUACGUUGGCGAUACGAGGGCUGCAAUGUGUCGAAAAGAGACCAGGAAUUACGAGGAUAAUCUACGGAGGAAGCGCCGGGCCAGGGCUAUUCAAGCAGCUUAAGAACGGGGGACUCGACGGCUUGUUCUUGGGAAGGUUUGGCCAUGAUCCCGCGCAAUUCUUCAAGACUAUUCAGGAGAUUGCAGACGCGUAA